AUUGUUUGAUUAAUAUAUUUAAUAAAUUUAUCGAUUGAUGUCAUCACUAUCGAUCACAAUCAUUGUCGACGUCAACAUAUUUAUUUGUUUGUAUACACUUGUUGUUUUGAUUGAUUUCAAAUCAAUCAAUUCUAACAGGAUUGCCUUCAUCACUAAGAAGAAAUAAAAUCCAAAAAAAAAAAAUAUUAUAAUCAUCACAUCACAUCAUCAUAAAAUGAGAGAUGCAAACGUGGACGAUGAUCAUCGUAACAUGUAACGUUGUCUAUGUACAGCAUGAAUGAGCAAUAGAAAAUUCUUUCACUGUUUUGUUUUGUUGUCAUUGAAAUUUGUUUUUUGUUUUGUUUUGUUUCGAUCACUAUCAAAUUCCCAACAUAUGAUUUGAUCUAAAUUAAAUUCAAGUAUAAUGAAAAUUCUAAAAUUAUUGUCUUAUUAUAUUGAAUAAUUAGCUCUAAUAUCAUCGAUUGAUUUUUUUUUCUGCUUGUUUAUUUCGCGUCUCACGUUUCAAGAUUUAUUUGUUGUGCACUUGCAUAUUUAAUUUUUCAACCAUUGAUUGUAUACAGUUUCAAUAUUUGCAUCAAAUAUUCGAUUAUUGAUGAUAGAAAUCAAAUACACAUAAAUUCACACAUACACACACACACACACAUACUGACGAACACAAACUAGAAUUUAAACACAAAAUACACUUUUAUAUAUAUAAUAAUGGAACCCGAAGCUUGGGUUAAGGCCCGAGAAUCUUUGGCCAAAGUAAAUGGCGUCGCUACUAUUGCAUCACAAUCACCUGCUUAUCAACAGCUUCAACAAGCCUAUUAUGGUUGGUCAAAUGUUUACAAUACACCAUCUUAUUGGAAUCAACAUGGAACAUAUAAGCCACAGGAAGCAACAUCCACUUAUUCACAGCCACAAUCUUGGCAAAAUUAUUCAUAUGGAACUGCAACGGCUAGCGUUCCUCAUCAAGCUGGACCUGCACAUGUUAAUACAAUGAUGAGUCAUCAUCAUCAGCUGAUGAUGACUCAGCAAGCGCCAACACCACCACCGCCACCACCAUCCCUUCCUACUACACCAUCUACAACACCUUUACAUGCAGCGCCAUUAAUAAAUAAUAAUAGUUCUUAUUCAUCACCUUCAAAGUCAUCAUCAUCAAAUAGUAACACUAAUAUGAGUAAUAAUAAUGAUAAUAAUAAUUUCAUCAGGGUUUAG